GGCUGCUGUGCUGUUGCUGUCGUGGCGUGGCUGGUUGCGCCAGGCGGGGAACUUCACCACACUGGAGCCCGGAGUCCCACUCUCUCACCUGCGCAGUUCGGAGCUGCCAUGGGUCUCUCGCCUGGAUUUACUGUCCUAAUUAUUCUACCGGCCUUUCUGCUGCACACCAGCGGCCUUUACAUCGCCAGUAGCGUUGACUCCCUGCAGCAUGUCCUGGGGGAGUAUGGACUGGUGAGGCCGAUCGGUGUGGAUGCAGAGGGCCGCUUCCUGUCACACACUGUCUCGGCCGUCCGCAUGGCAGGAGGGCAGUCCCGUAGGCGCCGGAGGAGGGAGGUAGGAGAAGGCAAUGAUGAGUGGGAAGGACCAAGAGGAGUCGAGGAUGGCCAAGAGCCUGUGGCCCGUCAGGAAAGGCUUUACUACAACGUCACCGUCUUCGGCCGGGAGUUCCACCUGCGCCUGCAUCACAAUGCCAGGCUGGUGGCCCCCGGAGCCAAGAUGGAGUGGCGUGAUGACAGCGACAGCACUCGGCACUCUGAGCCACUGCACGAUGAAUGCCUGUACGUGGGUGACAUCACAGACACGCCAGGAGCCACUGUGGCUAUCAGCAACUGUGACGGCCUGGCUGGUAUGAUCAAGACGGAGCAAGAGGAGUUUUUUAUCGAGCCGGUGGAGAGGGGCGAUGGAGUGAUAGAAGAGGAGGAGGAGGAGGGAGGAGGAGGAAGGACACACAUCGUCUAUCGCUCUUCAGCCGUAAAGAAAGCGCCCAUCAGCAGCACGGCGGCAGACUACCACUCCAGAGGUGCUGAUCUCGGCGGUCUGAUGGACCUGGAGUCUCUGUACCGCGGUGUGGAGCAGAGUAUCAACCACACUCGAGCGGGGCGAACGCGCAGACAGAGCCUGGACAGGGCCUACAACAUCGAGGUGCUGCUGGGCGUCGACGACUCCGUGGUCCAGUUUCACGGGAAGGAGCACGUCCAAAAGUACCUGCUCACACUCAUGAACAUUGUGAAUGAGAUCUACCAUGACCAGUCUUUGGGAGCAAAGAUCAAUGUGGUGCUGGUGCGGAUUAUCAUGCUGGGCUACGGCAAGUCCAUGAGUCUGAUUGAACUGGGGAACCCAUCCCAGAGUCUGGAGAACGUGUGUCGCUGGGCCUUCCUGCAGCAGAAGCAGGACACAGGGGACGCUGAGUAUCACGACCACGCCAUUUUCCUCACACGACAGGAAUUUGGCCCCACGGGCAUGCAGGGUUACGCCCCAGUGACAGGCAUGUGCCAUCCGGUGAGGAGCUGCACUUUGAACCACGAGGACGGUUUCUCCUCUGCCUUUGUGGUGGCACACGAGACCGGACACGUGCUGGGGAUGGAGCACGACGGCCAGGGGAACCGCUGUGGAGAUGAGGUGCACAUGGGCAGCAUCAUGGCUCCGCUGGUGCAAGCUGCCUUCCACCGCUUUCACUGGUCCAGGUGUAGCAUGCAAGAGCUUGGACGCUACCUUCAUUCCUAUGACUGUCUCCGUGACGACCCCUUUGACCACAACUGGCCGUCUCUGCCUCAGCUCCCUGGUUUGCACUACUCCAUGAAUGAACAGUGUCGCUUUGACUUCGGUGUGGGCUACACGAUGUGCACCGCGUAUCGCACAUUUGACCCUUGUAAGCAGCUGUGGUGUAGCCACCCAGACAAUCCCUUCUUCUGCAAGACCAAGAAAGGACCGCCCAUUGAUGGCACCAUGUGUGGCAAUGGGAAGCAUUGCUUUAAAGGUCACUGCAUCUGGUUGACCCCUGACAUCAUAAAGCAAGAUGGAAACUGGGGUUCAUGGAGUGAGUUUGGCCAGUGCUCCCGCACCUGUGGUGGAGGAGUACAGUUUCGCACACGCGACUGUGACAAUCCAAGACCAGCCAACGGGGGCCGCACCUGUGUGGGGGCAACCUAUCAGUUCCAGAUGUGCAACACCAAUGAAUGCGAGGAUAUCUACAGUGACCCGCGAGAGGAGCAAUGCCACGCUUGGGACCCUCGCUUUGAACUCUACAGCAACAAGCACUGGCUGCCUUAUGAACACCCAGACCCUAACAAACGCUGCCACCUUCAUUGCCAAGCCAAGGAGUCACGAGAUGUGGUGUUCAUGCAGAGAAUGGUCCUGGACGGCACACGCUGCUCAUACAAGGACCUACACAGUGUGUGUGUGCGCGGAGAGUGCGAGAAAGUGGGCUGUGACGGUGCGGUCGGCUCCUCAAAGCAGGAGGACAAGUGUGGAGUGUGUGGAGGUGACAACUCCAGCUGCAAAACCUUCAAAGACACUAUCACGCGCACAGCCAAGAAACAAGGUUUCCUCAAAGUUCUUGAAAUCCCCAGAGGAGCAAGACACCUACUGAUCCAAGAGCUCAAAGCAACUUCACAUACUUUAGCUGUCAAGAAUGUGGCAUCAGGACUGUGUUUCUUGAAUGGGGAAAAUGAAUACCCAGAAUCCCACUCCGUCAUAGAAAAGGGCGUGGAGUGGGAAUAUGAGAACGACAAUGACAAGGAGACCCUUCAGACCACUGGCCCUCUCAGACAUGGAAUUCUUAUCAUGAUGAAAUUACAUGGAGAUGAGGACGUCAAUUUGUCUUAUAAGUACAUGAUGAACAUGGACAGUGACUUUGCCAUUCAGAACAACAUGCUGGUAGAAGACAGUGCCUAUGAGUGGGCCCCAAAGAGAUGGUCCUACUGCUCCAAACCCUGUGGUGGAGGGAAGCAGUAUCAACGAUACGGCUGCAGAAGAAAAGUUGACAGUAAAAUGGUCCACAAGAGCUUCUGUAACAAGUCCAAUAUGAAACCUAGAGGAGACACCAGAGACUGCAACCAGAAGCCCUGCCCUCCACCCAUCUGGGUGACAGGGGAGUGGCAGAACUGCAGCAAACCAUGUGGAAAGACGGGCAUGCAAAUACGCUCAGUCAGCUGUGUCCAGCCGUCAGAUGACAACACCACACGCUCCAUCCACAAUAAACACUGCAACGACGACCGGCCCGAGGCCCGCAGACCCUGCAACAGACACCCCUGUCCCACCCAGUGGAGAGUCGGACCGUGGUCACAGUGCUCAGUGACAUGUGGUAAUGGGACCCAGCAGAGGCAGGCUCUGUGCCACACCAGGGACAACACCAUCGGCCUGUGUCUCGACAGUAAGCCCGACACCAUCAGAGUCUGUCGCUUGGAUCCAUGUCCCAACCUCCUCAACAAGAACGGCAACAUCCUGAUCCAGUGGCUGUCUCGCCCCAACCCCAACUUCCCGAAGAUCUCCUCACGCCAGCGUUGUCAUGGAGACCGCUCCGUGUUCUGUCGUAUGGAGAUGCUGAAGCGAUACUGCUCUCUACCGGACUUCCAGCGCAUGUGCUGCAAGUCCUGCAGCAAAACUUCUACCACCAGCCCCUGGACCAUCACUCAUCCUCCUACCUUCACCACUCCUCUCCCUCAUUCCACCCCAUCCUCAUUCAGCAACACAGACUUGAUCACAAGUCAGCUAUCAUCUGCCACUAGUGCUCCUUCCCUCCCCACCACCUCUUCCAUGGCAACCACCUCAGUUAUUACUACCUCUCUCAGUAUUACUGCUCAUCCCCUGCCUCUGCCUGUCCCAGACAUAGAGGAGAGCACAGAUCCACAGUUACAGAGCACUACAAAUAGCUUAACCACAUCUGGUAUGAUAACUACAAUAGACCUUACGUCAGUCAUUAGUCCAACACUCACAAAUCCAACAGAAUGUAGCACAAAAACAGACACCCUGCUGAAAUCCAAGCCCAAAAAGAAUAUUCCUCCAAAGAAAAACCCCAAGAAGGUGAUUCCACCAAAGAUCAGUCCCAAAAAGAAAACAAAUGCUACUCCAAAAAAGAAUACUUCUGUCAACAGCAAUCCCAAAAAUGAUAGACCAGAAAAAACAGCUCCCAAAAAGACUACUCCAGCAAAGUACUACCCCAGCAAAGUCUACAUCCAAGAAGACUACUCCAGUAAAAACAACUCCCAAAAAGACUUCUCCAGUAAAAACAACUCCCAAAAAGACUACUCCAGUAAAAACAACUCCCAAAAAGACUACUCCAGUGAAGCCUACUCCUGA